AUGCGUGUUGAAACAAAUGUUCGUGUAGCGCCCAUAUUCUCGGUGCACAAACACUGUUUAUUUUUUGUAUAUUACGUGGUAUAAUUUCAUAAGCUUUUAUAAUCUUCCCAAUUUCAGACUUUCCGUGUCCUUUUGUACUUUGUCAGCGCUUAGAAGUGUUCAAGUAGGUAUAUUAAGUUGUGUGUUAAUCCAUACCCUUCACCACCGACUUUUUUAUGAUACACCCUGUACAUUAUUGAAGUUCAUUUGUUUUGUGGUGGGACCGCUGGUGCCCUCUAGCCUCUACUUUUAGCUAAAAAUUUUUAUAAUUAUGGAUUUGAUUGUAAAUAAUGAGCUUGAUUUUUACAUAAUUACAUUACAAUAACAUAAGUCAAUUACUUGGUGCAUGGAGGUAUUAUUAACAAGCAAAUUUAAACAAAAUUUAAAAAUGCUGGAGUAUUCUAACCUAAGAAAUGACACCUAGAAGGGAACCGAAAAAAUGCCGCGAAUGGGAAAAAAUAAGACGUGAUAAAUUAAACAACGCCUUUUCCGUUCUCAGUAAGCUGCUUCCUAAUCAUGAUCCUGCGUUGACAUGGAGCAAAGUCGACAUACUACACAGAGCAACUGAGUAUAUUGAAGAGCUGCAAGUAAAACUUAAAAAUGUACUAACGACAGAAGGAGUAAAUAAGACUAAACGUUGCGAAGUUAAAAUGCUGUAUGGUCGUGUAAAAAAGCUUCUACUACGCAAUGAGCAGCUAUGUAAACUACUUAAAGAUGCAAGCAUUACAAUACCUUCAGGGUAUGGUGUUAAGAACUUUAAGGAUCCACGGCGAUGGGCAAACAGAAUUACGCAAGAAGAGGCCAAGGAGUUUCAAAAGGAAGAAUUACAAAAGGAGAAUAAAGAAAGAACGGUAAAGAAGAAAAAAAAGACUACAACCGUCGCAAACAAACAUCAAAGAAAAGUUAAUCGAAAAGCGAAGUUAGCACCAAAAAAACCUCCUGUCAUUAGGUUACAGUUGUCGAAUAUUAUUCCGUUAGCUAACCCCCAACCGCUUCCAAAGGUAUCCAAUCGGCCUUGCUUUAUUAUUACAAAUAAGCCAACGCUUAACUUACCUUUGGGCUUGCAGCAGAAUGGAAAGGCCAAAGCUUCUACAGUUGUAACGAAUUCCAACUCACUUACAACUCCAAAGGUGGCUUCAGUAAUAAAACCACCACUAAGUACAACAACUUUACCGAAGGUCUCAUCACAAACACUCAAUAAGUUAGGCCCAGGAACUUUAAUUUUGGCAAAUGGUAACAUUGUACCUAUUCUACCACCAUCAGCUGUCCUACCAUCCCCUACAAUAUUAACAAAUCCAACCCCCAUUAUACUUAAACCGCCUCCCGCCAACACUACUCUUAUCGUAAUGCCACCAGCUACUUCUGCCACUAGCGCAACAAAAUCAGUGGCGAUAAAUAAUAAUGUAACAAUACAUCCUAGAAUUCGACCUAAACCUAUCACCUGUACAACUCAAUCAAAUAAGGUUCCUAUACCGGCCAUACCUAGGUUUAAAGAGACUAUUACCGAGAAAGUAAUUACAAAGAAAAAAGAAGUUGAAAAUAAAACCAAUAAGAAAACUAAACGGAAAGUUGCAAACAAUCAAUUUCCAAACAAAAAGUCGAAACCUGCGCCAGUAAACAAACCGCAGGCAGAUGAAAAUAAGGAAAAUAAAGUUGAAAACCCAGCGGUGAGUGCUAAUGAAAGUGAAAUUGUUGAAAAAGAACCUCCUGUAAAUAAAGAAAACGCGCCAGAGGAAGUUCCAGGUGUAAAUGAGGAAAAAAUGGAUACAGUUGAACAAAGUGAAAUCGUCGCUCCUGUAAUUGAAGACAAAACAACUGAAGAAGUUCAAGACUCCAUUCCCAAAGAGAAGGAUCCGCCUGUAGAGGCACCAGCGAAAUCACAAGAACAAGAUAAAAUAAAUACUCCCCCUCCAACAACCACUAGCGAGCUGGCUGUUAAUUUGAAUCAUUCCGAGCUAUCCAAUGACAUAUUUUCUACAUUACAAGUACCCAUAGGUGGUCAAAACCCGGAGUCAACUUCACCGACCGCCGCGUUUCUUUUGGCAUUUCCUCUAGUGUCUUCUUUAACGGGAGUAAAGGUCACCGAAGUAAUUGAGGAGGAAAAUUCAGAUAGUAGACAUGGCACUCCGACCUUGUUGCAGAUUGGUACCAUGGAAACUACAAAGACCACUCAAAGUGUAAAUGCGGAGAGUUUAACGCCUAACCUUCUCAACUUGGAUAACUUUUCGUUUUUCUCCGCCAAUAAUUUUUAUCCUUCCUUUGAUAAUGGAUCCGUUGUCGAUAGUGCCAAAAUCUCGUCAGCUUGCGCGAAAGUUACCGACGUUUCGAGUACAGCUAAGGUUGCGAGUACUACGUCUACAAGUCUACCUGUAUAUUCCACUGAGCCGGCGAUUGUUUCGAAACCGACUAUGUCGGUAGUCUCAAAUUCGUUCACACAACAAACUCCUGCGGUCUCAUAUUCAAAACCGUCUCUCCCGCCGCCGUUAGUCACUAGCAGCUACUUGCAGAAUAGUGUACCAACAAAUAAUUGCACGAGUACACAACGUAAGCCUGCCGAUAUGCAGUAUAAUCCGGUUAGUAUAGCACAGUGCAAUGCUUUCAACCCGUUUUCCGAUUUUUCGAAACCGAACUCGUACCCAAGUUUCUCAAAAUCAUACUCAGAUCCAUUGUAUACGAAUAGUAAUUACGGUUACGGUCAUCACAACGAGACCAAUUUUAAUCAAAAUGUAUACUACCCUCCCAAAUCGUCUAAGCCCAAUAAUGCUUAUAAUGCCACAAAUUAUUCGGAGAUAAGCUAUAAUAGCAGUGACAGCAGGAAGCGCCACAUGCCUUACUAUCAUCAAAAUAAGACGCAGCCCAAGCCGAAUACAAAAUCGACCAAAACUAAUCCGAAACCACCCAUCAAUUGGAUGACAACACCCGAUUUUCGAUCACAACCACCUAGCGGUGAUUACUUAGUGCCUCCCAUUGAUUAUAAUCCGAACACUUUCUAUACGUCUAGCUCGACGCACACAACUUAUUUUAAUACGACCUCGUCCAUGUAUCCGAGCACCGAGUUUCAAAAUUCCAUUGGAGACAAUCGCAAAGCUUUUGACAGUAGUCUUCCAAUUCUACCGACAAAUUCGUCACAGCGCAACGAGUUUGAGGAAAACCAAUUUCCAUGGUCGCCAACUAAAUUACCUCAAUUCUUGGAGACGCCCCAUACGUUUGUUUCAUCCACGCUACCUACAUUGGUCGGCGAUCUCGCCUUGGGUACUGCGCAGACGCAGUUCAACGAGCAGAAGGGUGAGCAACCUAAGACGAAGGAGAGCACUAGAAGGUCGAAAGUUAAUUCGGUCACCUAUGAUAACCAAAGUAACUUUUUGUCUGUUAGUCAACUAGUCGAGAAUAAGACUGAAGCUAGCUCGUCUCGAACCACUACCCGCCGUAAUAGCGGCAAUAGAAAUGUAAAGAGUAAUUCGCAAAAAAAACGGCAAAGCCCGUCGAAAACAAGGAACUGUUAA